AUGUUAGUUCGGGGUCCGUCACAUGUCUGCAUUUGUACCUCUGAGGGAAUCUUCCAUUGCCGGCCAAAGAAGUUUGAAGAGGAUGAAGCACUAAACGAUCAAUCUACAGAAGAUUGCGAACCCAACUAUUUGUACCGACAGAAAAACUUAUUCUGCACAUGUAGCGCUAACGGUACUUGGGAAUCCAAGAACUGCGAAGAUCACUUCCACUACCUGCGACCAAGAAAGCGCAUUUAUAACUAUCACUUAAAGACCAAUAUCGCGUGCUCGCCGAACGAUUUAUUCCUUAUCGAUUGUAACUUAUGUCGAUGUUCCACCAAGGGCUUAAUCGAUGUAACUUUAUGCACGAAAAGACUCUGCGGCCAAGGUCAUAAGGUCGAUGAUUGCGCGUACGGGGACAUGCUCCGCACUGAAAAUGAGAUGUGCCGUUGUAGCGAUAUCAACUAUUACAUAGACCGUCUUUGCAUAAAAGUCUUAAAGGAUCCGGUCCAAAAAAUUCCAGCUAAAGAAAUUUCCAAAUUAGAUGAUAUUGAAAAAACUGUUUGUAAUUCAGAGAUGGUAUAUCAAGUAAACUGCAAUACAUGCAUUUGUAAAGACGUGGCUCGAGAUUUGAAACCAGAAGAUGUUCGGUCUCCGAUAAAAGAUAAAGAGUUUAUGAAUCUACCUGAGCUACCCCACACCGCUUCGCCCUGCGUACCAGGCACUACAUACAAAAUCGAUUGCAAUGUUUGUCUCUGCGAUGAAUUCCAGAAUCUGAUGUGCGACAAACUUUUAUGCAUAAGCUUCGCUGACAUGCAUAAAGCGGAGGCUAUCAAGAAAUCUGGCACAUGUGUACCAAACACGCAGUUUUUAAUGAAUGGCCGACUAUGUUACUGCAACAGUAUGGGUCGUUGGAGCGAGGGCUCAUGUCAGAUGAUAGGACGACGACAAACCUGCCAACCAGGCCAGAUCAUAUGGGAGGAAUGUAGCCAGUGCAUCUGCCAGGAAAAUGGAAAGCUCCUCUGCACAAACACAGAAUGCUCUGAGGACACAACGAAGAAAAACAAGAGCAAUUUAGAAGAAGGGGCUGAGUUAUGGUGUACUCCAUUCAGGUCCUACUACAUCAAUUGCAGUCUUUGUGUCUGUCCUGCGUCGGGAAAGAUGUCAGAAGCCCGUUGUGCUACUGACUCCUCUUGUUCUCUAAACGGUCCCAUUCUAUCUCUCGACAUGAUCAAACAGAACAUUUGUAUACCAAAGGUCAUGUACUUGUUCAGCUGUCUACAUUGCUUGUGUUCCGACGAAGGCUUAUUUAUUCAGAGUAAAUGUGUGGAAACGUGUCACAAGCUCCCUAAAUCAGCAAGGACAUGUAUACCCAGAACUUUCUAUAGAGUCAAUUGUAACGUUUACCGGUGUCCAGAAAACGGUAUACCCGAUGAAACUACGAGAUCUAAAUCUAUCUGCAAUAAGAAAAUAAAUCCACUCACUUCUUUAGUUAGUUUGAGAAAUAUCACAAUGCCAUGUACACCCAAUGUAUAUACGAAACCAAAGUGCAUUUACUGCGAAUGUAACUCACAAGGCGUGAUGAACGAAAGCAAUUGCUUGGAACAAGAAUGUUUGAAAAUUCAAGAUUUCAAAUAUGACUCUGUUAAAAGUUCGUGCAGUCCCGGAGAGAUGGUGCCUACUUGUAUGGAAUGCUUUUGUCUUCAAAACGGUUUUACUACAGAAAAGUAUUGCACGAGAGUCUGUUCGCUCCAAAAUAAGCUGAUUAUGCUAGAACGUGUGUUGAAGGAAACAAUCAAUUCCGUAGACCGAAAUACUAUUAAGGAAGUAAUAAGUUCGGACACUUGCGAGCCUAAUUCACUCAUUCUGGACCAGGGCAGAUAUUGUUUGUGUCCAGAAAACGGUAAUGCUAAUCUCAAACUUUGCACUUCAGUGACUGACAAUUCUAUUGGACCUAAGAAAUCCCAGAGAAUUAUGUUAGAUAAAGCAUCCGUCAUUGAUUACAAUGUAUCUUGUGAACCAAACACGUUCGUUGAGUUCGGAUGCAACACUUGUUACUGCACGAAAGAUGGAAAAAUUAACGCGAAAUGGUGUACCUUCGACGACUGUGAAGCUAAGAACACAAUACAAGAGUCUCACAAGAAAAAUGGUGCUCUCUUGAAAGCAGAAUUGAUGCCUACAUGUACUGCGGGAUCGAUUACAAAAGUAGAUUGUAAUUUUUGUAUUUGUGGUGCAUCUGGGUUGGAGAAGAACAGGUCAUGCACCAAUAAUACUUGUAGCGAUAAAUAUAAGUCAAUUGGCAACGAAUUUGCUUGUGAACCUUCGGCCUAUUAUACGGUCGACUGCAACAUCUGCUUCUGUGGAACAGAUGGUAUCAAAAACGUGAAUAAGUGCACAAAGAAUCAAUGCGAGACUAAUUUCCUAAGGUCAGAUUCCUGUUCACCUGGCUCGUUGUUCAGUGUCGAUUGUAAUAUCUGCGUUUGCCCACCAAACGGGAAUAAAAAGGACAAAGUUUGUACAAACCGAACAUGCGCCGAAUCAGAUACACCUUGGAAAAAGAUAUUUAAACUGUCACAGACUCUUGCAAGCAACCAUGUGAUGGAAGGUUCUACAAAAAAUUUGGAACUCUGUUUUCCUGGUGAGGAAUUUGAAUCAGAUUGUAAAAUGUGUGUAUGUCCAGAUAUGGGUUUGAGACAGUAUGCUACAUGUACUCCUACUUCAUGUGAUAAAUCGAAAAUCGUUAGUACUUUCAAACCACUCAGUCGAAUGAGUGGAAAUCACAGUGAAGGCAUAUUUGGUAAUUAUUUUAAUGGCGCUGACACUGAUAUUGGAUUAGAUGAUGAAGUACGUGAUGUAGAUGAAGGAGAAGCUGGUCAAUUAAAAGGGACGGAUAGAGAUGAAGACGAGAUGGAAGCUAUCAAUACACGAAGAGAGAUUUGUAUCACUUACAAUAUUACUGAUAGUUCAGAGAGACAGACCUGUACGCCUGGAGCGCAGUAUAUUAUAAGGUGUCGGGUUUGCAUCUGCCCUUACAUGGGCAACAUCAACUACUUCUGUCGACCGAUGCCACCAAACCAACACUGUGAACAGGCGUUCCCAAAUUUCAACUAUGUCCCAAUGGGCAGGAGAGUCGCAAAUGAUAACAUACAACACCCCAUCAAGCCCUGUCACAUAGGAGAUGUGGUGGAAAACGAAUGCAAUAGAUGCACAUGCUCUUCAAAAACCGUAUUCGAAUGUAAAGUUUUAAAUUGUAAACAGAAUUCAACUUAUAAGGAUCUCGAUAAUGUUAAACAGUUUUGUUACCCGAACCAAUUAUACGUACAAGAUUUGAUGACCUGCAUCUGCACUAAGGACGGAAGAUGGCCGCACAAGAGCUGUCACAAAGCUUUCCAAGUCCUAGCUCCUGAGAAAAUUAAGACACAUAAAUGCAAACCCGACUCUUACGUUCGUGUCGACUGCAAUGUAUGCAGAUGUGGUCCAGAUGGCCAAAUCAUUAAUGAUCGUUGUACAAGAAACGCCUGCGAGGAUGAUGGCUUUCGAAGAAAUUCAUUAAAAUCUAACAACGUCUUUAGCAAAUGCGAAGUCAGGAACUGGUACUCCUUAGCUCCCUGUCAAUUCUGUUUUUGUGUUCGUGAAAACAAACUCAUAUGUAACACAGGCAGUGACUAUUCCAAAAAUAUUCAAGUGGGCUCUUACAAUCUUAAAAUUUGUGGUAACGACUUUAUUAGGGAAGCUUUAGAACUAAUACCUGAUAACGAAAGGCUAUUGAGACUUCGUCUUGCUUUAGCAAACCCCAAUAUAAGUUCGUUACAACCACCGAUAGUAACUACUGGUGUAACAUCAGAAUCAACGCCCAGUGUGCAAUUAAAUAAUGAACAGAAUAAUGAAGUUGAACUGAAUCGAGAAGGCAAUGAAAGCAAAAUUCCAUAUCUAUCUCUAGCUGGUGAUUCUAAUACUAGCAGUAGCGAUGAAUACUAUUCUGACACAGAGGAAGAAGUGCUGGACCAAAAAUCGCACCUGGAACAGACAACAAAGAAAGUUGUCACUACUGCAAAACCUGCAAAAACUGAGCAAGUACAAUCACCUGGCCGGUUCACGAAAUUUCCGUUUCAAGAUGGAGACGACAUUAAUGAAGGUGGAACUGAUGAAAGUAGUGAAGACGAUUCGAUUAAUAUGAAAGCCGUGGUCGAUCGCUUCCCUGAGAGUACUUUACUAACGCCGAGAUCUGCGCCAAUCAUUCCAGCUGCGCAGCUAGAAGAUGAUAAAUCAUUAAAAGAUAUAGAUAACGGCCUUAAAUCACCUGAGUACCAAAACCGAAAAUGUGGAGGUUGGACGCUGCCAAAUGCGAUAAAAGAUAUGGACGUAGGAAUGGAAGGCCACGGCGUCUGGCGUUCAGAUGAGACUGCUUGCGAGGCAGGAGUUCACUAUAAGAAGAACGACCUCCUCUGUGUGUGCAAUGAAGACGGAAAAUGGCCCAAUCCAGUCUGCCGAGACGUUUUCCAAAUCCUCCAUGCUGUUGAAGAGACAGAACAUAAAUUACCUUCGAAGGGCAUCCGCUGCUCUGCAACAAAACUGUACCUCUUUGAUUGCAAUGUUUGCUUCUGUCCCUCGACCGGACGCAUUAACCCCAGAUAUUGUACAAAAAGACAAUGCCACAAAGAAAACAUUGCACGUUCUGACAAUAAAGAAAUUAUCGAAGAAGUAUAUGCUACCUGUACCCCUAGCAAACAAUACAGGCUCGGCUGUCAAACCUGUCUGUGUCUCCGCAACAAUCGCUUAUUGUGUGACAAUUGCACGAGUGAAGAAAAUCAUAACUUGGUCACCACCUAUAACACUAUCUGCAACCAAAGGAAACCGGGAGAGAUUUUCAUAAAAGACUGCAACUUCUGUUACUGCAAUAGAGAAAAUAUUUAUUGUACAGCGAAGAAGUGUUUGCAGAAUCACACGAACAUUUCCUUACCACAGAUUCAAUACAAUGUGGUAGAAUAUAUUCAGGAUGAGUACAAUUGUAUUCCAGGAUCAAAGUACAAGAAGGAUUGCAAUACGUGUUAUUGUUUUAUGCAUGAGGGAGUGAAAUAUUUCGGGUGCUCCAUGAACCCUUGCAAAGAGUUAUCAGACGACCACGAUACAGAUGCUUGCGUAGAGGGGACAUCGUACGAAGCGAACUGUUUGAUCUGUCACUGCGUUGUAGAAAAUGGCGAGAAAAGAGAAUUCUGCCACAUUGACGAUUCUUGCAAAAAUGAAGAAAAUAUCGCUGAACCUCGUCCGCUUGCUUCAAUGCAUGGAUAUUGUGAACCAUUACAUGUCUAUCAACAGGAUUGUAAUAAAUGUCGAUGUCUGGCAGAUGGCAAAACUGUGGUAUGUACUUCGAAAAUUUGCUCCAAAACGCAAUCUAAGAAUAAAUACAUUAUACCGCAUCCAGGAUCAUUGUUAACCCCGAAAACAAGAGAAGAUUCACAAGAAAAAUCUGUGGUCAUCGAGCUCAUACCUUUCUUCCAAAAAGACAAUUUCUGUCCCAGAGGUCAUACUUAUAAGGUUGAUUGUAAUAUUUGUUACUGUAUGAAAAACGGCAAUGCAGUUUGUACGACGAAGCAAUGUUAA